GCGGCCAUUGCGGCGGCUUCCGGCGGGCCCGAGGCGGCGAUGGAGCGGUGCGGGCCGGGCCCCGUCAGCGCCGUGCCGGUGGCCGACUUCAGGCCAAAUGAGGGUUCAUUAACAUCAACUUUAAGAACGCUUCUGUUCUUCACAGCUCUAAUGAUUACAUUACCUGUUGGGCUAUAUUUUUCAUCAAAGGCUUAUGUAUUUGAAGGUUCCUUGGGGAUGUCUGACAGAGACAGCUAUUUUUAUGCUGCCAUAGUCGCCGUGGUCACUGUCCAUGUGGUGCUUGCUCUCUUUGUUUAUGUAGCCUGGAGCGAGGGGUCGCGGCAGUGGCGCGAAGGCAAACAGGACUAGAACGAAGAUCUUCUGAUGGCCACAGACUGUAAAGCAGAUGUUUCUUGUGAGCUGAAGGAAAAGCAUUCUUCCAAACGUGUAAUACACAUGCACAAAGAGGAGGCUGGUGCCUCAGUUGUGGUUAAAAUAAGACUUGUGCUCAUCUUGGCUGUGUGCUCGUGUUUUCUGUAAUGGUGAUGGAAAUUCUUCUUUAGCCAGCUUCUCCUGUGUUGAGCUGAGCAGGCCUUCACUUCCAAUUAAAGUGGAAUAAUUACAUACUUUUGAAAACUCCUGUAGCUACUUUUGCCAUGUCUAGUAUUUUUCUGGCUUGCUCUGAAAAUAAUACUGGCGUGAGGCAAGCAUUACGUUUUCAAGGAAUUAAAUUGCUGCUUAAAAAAAGUUACAUUACUUACUAUCCAGCUACAGUGGAAAGGAUGGAAUUUCGCUUUGCUGUGAAUAAUUUCUUGAUUUAUGUGUGUUGUGGUUUAACCCCAGCCAGCAAUUGAGCUCCAUGCAGCUGCUCACUCACUGUGAUCCCUCAGUGGGAUGAGUGGGGGAAUCAGAAAAGCAAAGUGAGAAAACUCAUGGGUCAAGAUAAAGACAGUUUAAUAGGUAAAACAAAAGCUGCACACAUAAGCGUGUUGGUUUUCAGUACAAAUUCAAGCUAUAACCCCAUGGUAGCUGUUAUGAAGAGAACUACCUCUAUCCCAGCCCAAACCAACACAGUGGGAUAGGUGUAAUCAAUCUAUUUCUGUGUUUAGAAGUAAUUUGAAAAACUCAGGUGAUGUCUUUCUAAUGUGAAAUACAUUUUUUUUUUCAAUUAUAAUUUUUUAUUGCAGUGUAAAAUUCAAUCUUUAAUUUCCUUUUGAGAGAGCUGUGGUAUUACACAUUGCUCAUCUUUCUCCUACAGUUUAUCCUGAUAAUGAAAAGGAAAGGGCAUAGCAUAUUAUUUGGUAUGUCUUUAGACAGGUAUGUAUCUCCUUGACAUUUGCUCAAGUUGGAUUUCCUAUGGUAAAGCAGUGUCAGUAACAGUCAUAAGCUGCUGUAAUGGCUGGUAGGGGGAGGAGCAAAAAAGAAGCUGUAGUUCCCUGUUAAUGGUGUCCUUUAUGAAGCAGAGAACGCAAAAAUGACCACAUGGAAUAUUUUCUUCUCUUCGUAACUACUUACUCGUACACUGUGAAAUGAUACAAUAUGUUGAUUGUUUUUUGGUUUUUUUUCCUUGGCUGUGUGUAGUCAAACCUUAGUGAGAUUUUUGUGUUGUAAGAUACCAUGAAUUUAAUUCUGCUGUUUUGCUGUUGUUAGCAAGCUUUUUAAUCUCUGGCUAAAACAUUUUUCCCAAAGUUCCAGCAAGACAAACUUUCUUAACCCUGAUGAUGGCUGUUAAGCUGUUGUGCUUGAGGUCAUUCUGUUAAUUUGAAUUUUCCAGUUUAUUGCAUUAGUUUAGCCUUUCUUGGAAGUUUCUUGCUUAAUAUGGGGCUUGGCAUGGUUUUGGUGCUGCGUGCAUCUGUGGUAAAACUUACAUAUAAAUGAGGCAAAAAUUGGUUAUCUGUGCUGAGUGGCUUGAGAAUUAUGUCCCCCAGCCUCAUUCCUGUCUUGCCCCAGGUGUGCACAAGCGUACGCACCAUGGCACACUAAUGCAAAUCAGUUUUACACUUGGUUCCUGCCGUGUCACCUUUUCUCAUCCAGAGCCCCGGUGUCAGGUUGCUGCUGGCAAACUGGAGAAUCUUCUCAGAGUGCUUGAAGUGCAAAGUUAGUUUGUGUGUGGGCACAUGGGCUUCCUGUUGUCCAGUGUCUGAAGUGUACGUUGUGCAGCAAAUACUGCCUUUUAAUAAAACCUACCCCGCAGUACAAGAGCCAGUAAACAACGUGUGCUGAA